GACGAAGAGAAACUUAAUCUCUCAUUUUCAAAAUGAAUAUGAAUAUUCUGGGGUUUCUUCUCAUUUUAAGGCUAUGCGUCACCAUAGGAAUCAGGGCAGAACCUUCAGUGGACCAGUAUGGGUUGAAGGGGGGUUCAAUAUGUCUGGCUGUUGCAGAACCUCCUGAGAUGAUCAAAGGACUUCAAUGGAUGAAGGACAGUGAUGUAAUAUUUGGAGACAAAGAGAUCUCCCCUAAAUACAAGGAGAAGGUGGACUAUAACAAUGAUAACCAUUCUCUGUGUAUUAAGAAUCUGUUGAACACAGACAGUGGAAUUUACAUGGUAAACUACCAGAAAAGUUGGAAAGAAUCAAGGACUACAUAUAGACUGUUAGUGGAGGAUCAUGUUCCCAAACCAGUCAUGGAUGUCACAUCUCUCUUCAACACAAGUGUGGGACUCUGUGAUGUCACAGUGAACUGUUCAGUUAAAGAUGGCUGGAUGUUGUCUGUCUGUGACAGCGGUCAGUGUACACUGUCACAACAGUCUCCGUCACUAACCGGUGGUAACAUGACCAUCUCCGUAUUGACUGGAAGGAUCCAAUGCACCAGCAGCAACCACGUCAGCACACAGACCAUCUCUCAACCCAUGGAGGACUGUAGUGGUGAGGAUGGGAAUAACUCAGUGUUACCAGUUGGCACCAUUGUGGGUGUUGUUACUGGUAUAUUACUCCUAGUUGCUGUGUUACUUGGUGUCAGAUACAUCAAACUUACCAGAAGACAGAAAAUCCCUAAAGAACAACAUUCACUAGAAGAGGUCAUUGUUCCAAGAGCUUACAACUCAGUGAACACUUCACCAGGGAGAGAAGAUCCACACCACUCUCCUGUCCAGAACCACAGCACUCUCCUGACCAGAACCACAGCCCUCUCCUGACCUGAACCACAGCCCUCUCCUGUCCAGAACCACAGCACUCUCCUGUCCAGAACCACAGCACUCUCCUGACCAGAACCACAUCACUCUCCUGAUCAGAACCACAGCACUCUCCUGACCAGAACCACAGCCCUCUCCUGACCUGAACCACAGCACUCUCCUGUCCAGAACCACAGCACUCUCCUGUCCAGAACCACAGCACUCUCCUGUCCAGAACCACAGCACUCUAAUGGACAGAACCACAGCACUCUCCUGUCCAGAACCACAGCCCUCUCCUGUCCAGAACCACAGCCCUCUCCUGUCCAGAACCACAGCAUCUCCUGUCCAGAACCACAUCACUCUCCUGUCAAGAACCACAGCACUCUCCUGACCAGAAUCACAUCACUCUCCUGAUCAGAACCACAGCACUCUCCUGUCCAGAACCACAACCCUCUCCUGACCAGAACCACAACCCUCUCCUGUCCAGAACCACGGCCCUCUCCUGACCAGAACCACAGCACUCUCCCGUCCAGAACCACAACACUCUAAUGGACAGAACCAGAGAUACAGACUGUCUACUUUACUGAGAAGAACCAGCACCAGCAGAACACCUCCAAGUUGAAACAGGAAGUGCAUCACCAGACAUGAGAGCAGAAGAACGGGAAGGUGGGCCUCUGAUGUCACAUCAUACAGUCAUUGGGUUACAUCAGUUCUCGACCUUGUACAGAACCCAUGAGACAUUACACCACCUAGUGGACAUGAAUAAUAGCAGCAGAGUAAACCUCUGGGCUUCAUUCAUCAACAUGUGUCUAGAUUCAUCAACGUGGGUCUAGAUUCAUUAACAUGUGUCUAGAUUCAUCAACGUGUGUCUAGAUUCAUCAACGUGUGUCUAGAUUCAUCAACGUGUGUCUAGAUUCAUCAACGUGUGUCUAGAUUCAUCAACGUGUGUCUAGAUUCAUCAACGUGUGUCUAGAUUCAUCAACGUGUGUCUAGAUUCAUCAACAUGUCUAGCUUCAUCAACGUGUGUCUAGAUUCAUCAACGCGUGUCUAGAUUCAUCAACGCGUGUCUAGAUUCAUCAACGCGUGUCUAGAUUCAUCAACGUGGGUCUAGAUUCAUUAACGUGUGUCUAGAUUCAUCAACGUGUGUCUAGAUUCAUCAACGUGUGUCUAGAUUCAUCAACGUGUGUCUAGAUUCAUCAACGUGUGUCUAGAUUCAUCAACGUGUGUCUAGAUUCAUCAACGUGUGUCUAGAUUCAUCAACGUGUGUCUAGAUUCAUCAACGUGUGUCUAGAUUCAUCAACGUGUGUCUAGAUUCAUCAACGUGUGUCUAGAUUCAUCAACGUGUGUCUAGAUUCAUCAACGUGUGUCUAGAUUCAUCAACGUGGGUCUAGAUUCAUCAACGUGGGUCUAGAUUCAUCAACGUGGGUCUAGAUUCAUCAACGUGGGUCUAGAUUCAUCAACGUGGGUCUAGAUUCAUCAACGUGGGUCUAGAUUCAUCAACGUGGGUCUAGAUUCAUCAACGUGUGUCUAGAUUCAUCAACGUGUGUCUAGAUUCAUCAACGUGUGUCUAGAUUCAUCAACGUGUGUCUAGAUUCAUCAACGUGUGUCUAGAUUCAUCAACGUGUGUCUAGAUUCAUCAACGUGUGUCUAGAUUCAUCAACAUGUCUAGAUUCAUCAACGUGUGUCUAGAUUCAUCAACGUGUGUCUAGAUUCAUCAACGUGUGUCUAGAUUCAUCAACAUGUCUAGAUUCAUCAACAUGUCUAGAUUCAUCAACGUGUGUCUAGAUUCAUCAACGUGUGUCUAGAUUCAUCAACAUGUUGUGAAGUUGUUUUAUACUAAAAUCUUUAUAUGUGCUAGUAUGUGUUAUUACUAAACCACAAAGACCACAUUUUUCCAGAUGUGUCCAAUCCUAAAUGAUCCCCUGGCUCAGGUUUACAGCACAUUGAUUGUAGGAUCAGAUAGGUGUACCAGUCAGCAGUAACAUGGAAUUAGUUCCACCUACCCAUCAAUGUUCUGUAUAUGAGAGGGUAGACUUGACCUAAUCAGGCCACCGUAGAUGGAUUCUUUGACACAUUAAUUUUUUGGUAAACAAUUGAGGGAUAGGGCUGGAUAAAUGUAACCACUCUCAAAUGUAUAGGCUGAGCUUUGAAUGCAAGGACUGACCAUCCAUGAUAUCAAAAUUAUAGUUUUAACCAUGUUUAACCAGUUUUUCUUUGCAAUUACAUAGUUUACUAACAAUGGAGUAAAGCAGCUUAUAUUUUGGGGUGUGAUGGGGUACGGCAGUUACAUUAACCUCAUGAGGUAUCAACCUGCACUUGUGCUUUUUUGUAUCUUGGCCUUCUUGAUUUUUCUCCUUUUGAUGACCUGAUGGCCUGUUGACCUGAUGACCUGUUGACCUGUUGAAUGUGCAGCCUUGAAGGAACCUGUAAGAAGUGUGAAUGAUGUAAACAUACCUUGCUGUUUCAAUGUAACUGUUGACUAGGAAUAUGAAAAAAAUUAAUCAAUAUAAAUCUUUAAAAGUCUGAUUUAACCACUAGAUCAAUCAAUCAAUCAAUCAAUCAAAUGUAUUUAUAAAGCCCUUCUUACAUCA